CGUUGAAGCUCACAGAUAGUCGCAAGCAAGUCAACCAGCUCAGAUGUCUAAGUCUGCUCCAACACCUGAACUUGGUCCUUGCCCUCCUCGUUUCACGGAGAUAAAACACGACAUCGCAGAAUCCUAUCCUAACUUUCAGGAACGUGUUACACAGGCUUGGAAUGAGAUAUUGCAGGAAUUGAAGUCUGCUGUAGCAGACUUCGCGAGGCAAGGCUCAGAGGCUGUCCCUCAAGUCGAAUUUUCUGAUCUUCCGAACUUGAGUCAAGAGCAAAUCGAGGCUGUCAAGCGAAGAGGUUGUGUUGUAAUCCGUAAUGUCGUCGAUGACGCCGAGGCACAAUCAUGGAGAAAUGAUCUUAAAGAAUAUGUGACAGUCAAUUCUGACAUCUACGGCUUCCCUGAGGGAGACAAGCAAUUCUUCCAUGCCUACUGGACACGAUCUCAAGUACGAGCGCGUGCUCAUCCCAACGUGCUUGCCGUAUCGACUUGGCUCAACAACAUGUACCAUCUCAAGUCCGGGGCGAAGUUGGAGGAUGUAGAUCUGUCGACUCCGCUCAGCUACGCCGAUCGAUUCCGUAUUCGCAACCCAGGUGGCCAAUGGAACGCUCAUCCUCCCCAUGUCGACGGUGGUGCAAUAGAACGAUGGGAAGACAAGACCUUCCGCACCUGCUUUGCAGAUAUCCUUAACGGUGACUGGAGGAAACACGAUCCUUAUGACUUGGAGGGACGAAUCAAUGCCAGAAGCUCGAUGUAUGGACGUGAAAAUCAAUCAAGCAUCUUCAGGACUUACCAGGGUUGGCUCGCCUUAAGCGAAACUGCACCGCAUGAAGGGACGCUCAAAGUUUUCCCCGAUGUCCUACUUUCGAACGCGUACACCAUCCUCCGUCCUUUCUUCCGACCAAAGUUGGAAUCUGAAAAGGAAGAGGAACUAGACUCGAGCAACUGGGAAUACGACAUCUCUAGUCCCGACUUUCCUGGAAUUUAUUCCAUUGGACGUGGCUUUGCUGGACCAAGACCCAACACAAAGACGCAUCCUCACUUGAAGCUCGAUGAGGCAGUGGUUUCUAUUCCCAAAGUCUAUCCAGGGGACAUGGUAUUCUGGCACUGUGAUCUAAUCCAUGCAGUUGAACCCGAGCAUGUCGGCAAGAACGACUCCAGCGUGAUGUACAUCCCCGCGGUUCCUUAUACGCCUCAGAACGCAGCCUACAUCGCUCGACAGAAGGAAAGUUUCCUACAGGGCGUACCUCCCCCUGAUUUCCCUGUGUACAAAAGCGAAACUGGGUUUGUGGGGAUCGGAAAGCCGGAGGAUAUUGAGAAUCCGAUUGCGAAGAAAGCAAUGGGGUUCCAGAUUGAAGUUGCUUGAGUGUUAGAGCCCUUCAAGUUCCGGAUAUAAUGAGGUGUAGGCUUGUGUAGUGCAUAUUGCGGUGCUUAAAUGUCGACAAAGGUGGUACAAUUAUAUUACAAGUUACAUGUUUUCAAUUCAUUGUGAAUUUGAUGGAUGAUUACC